AUGGCGUUGAAUGACACAGCUUGGACCGACAUCGCCACGACUGCUAGCGGUGAUGAAGAACUUAAUACGUCUUUUGCACCAAAUCAGUUGCUUCUAAUAGCCAUUCGACUCUGUAUUGGAGUGUCCGGAAUCAUUGGUAACCUGUUAGUUUGCAUCGUGGUGGCGCGCCUGUGGAGCACCAAUAAACGCAACACGACCAAUACCCUGAUCGCCAAUCAAGCUCUGAUUGACUUAUGUGCUUCAAUCCUCCUCGUGGGCCUGACCAUUACGGAACUCGCUGAAGUAUCUCCUCCUGAAAACUACUUCUUCGGGCAGAUUUUCUGUAAGUUCUGGUCUUCAAGAUUCUGUCUGUUCGCUGCGUAUGCGGCGUCCACGUUCAACCUGACUGAGAUAUCAGUGGAACGCUAUCUAGCCGUCAUUCAUCCUAUUUACUACUCCAGGAAAUUCGCAAACACCACCAUCGCCAAAACAUUGCCAAUUAUACCCUGGCUAGUCGGGCCAUUUUGGCAGUUCAUCAUUGCGGUGUUGAGAUACGACUUCAUACCAGAAACCGUACCGGCAUCUUGCACCUAUGAGGCCGCACUCUACACCAGUGCAAUGGAGAAGAUCUUCGGCAUCUUGGUUUUUCUGUGGGAUUACUUCAUCCCAAUGAUCAUCAUGACGUUUUCCUUCGUCAAGAUAUUCCUCAGAUUCCGGCAGCAGAACAUCAAAGUUGCAAACCAACCACCACCACAGCGUGCAACGCAAGGAGCAAACGUCAUCAGUACCAACUCGACUGGUCAAGAUGGCGCCUCCCUAGUAACAGCGGGUGACACCAGCCAGCCAGGUUCCAGCACUCAGCCUGCGAACACCAAAGGCACCAAAUCGUCCGGAAACAUCCAACGCAAAAACGUGACCAAAACACUGUUCACUGUGUAUGUCUUUUACGUCAUCUGCUGGUCGCCUGACCAAUGGGCGUUCCUGCAGUACAAUCUGGGCGGGAGCCUUGACUUCUUCAGUUCCUUCAUCAAUUUUGCUAUCCUUGCUGCACAGUUGAACUCUUGCGUCAACCCGUUUAUCUAUGGUCUCCAGUAUAGACAUUACCGAAAGGGGUUAGUGAAACUUCUGCGAUGUGGAAGAUAA